AUGUCCAACCUCGGGGAGUAUAUUGAGAAGAAAUAUCGGGUGUUUUUCCGCUAUUUAGACCGAAACCACGACGGCGUUCUCCACCGUAGCGACCUUAUGAAGCGUGUGGAUACUAUGUCUCACAUGAAUGUCGCCAACCAAUCGGAGUCCAUCUAUACCCGUCAGUGCUGGUUGCGAUGGUGUGACAAGGUGUUCCCGCCCAAAGAUGGCAAGAAGGGCGUCACCGAGGAUGACUUCGUGGAAAAGUUUCGCCACUUUCGCUCAACUGGGGAGAUAGAUGAGGUCAACGCUGCCAGUGAGGGCAUCUACAACGUACUGUUUGACAGACUGGACGCCAACAGAGACGGACACCUGUCACGUGACGAGCUUAAGGCGUUCUACCAGGCACUGGGGAAAGCAGACGACACUUUCAUCGAUCGACUGUUCCGGAAGUUGGACGUCAACCAUGACGGUCUGGUGAGCAAAAGCGAACUUGUGGAAGCUGGGGUGGCUUUCUGGACCAGUGAAGACGUGAACUCUGGAUACGAGAUAAUGUACGAGAUUAACUAA